UUCUCUAAUGCUCUAAUGUAGUUCGUGAGAUAUCAAGUAACAAAGUGAUGGAACGACCAGUUCAAUAGUUAUACUGCCUAUGGAUUCUGUCCAAAAAUUUUGACUUUGACAUUAAGUGCCAGAAACGGAAUUUGCUCUUGCUGUUAUACUUUAAUUAAGUUCCAAAAGGAAGAAUAAGUAACUAUUAUCAUGCAGGGAAUGUCUAUACAAUCGUUGAAAAAACACAAAGCCCUAAUCCCCCUAUAUUUCUGUAUUGGCGUGGGAUGCGCUGGGGCAAUUUUCUACACGUUGAGACUAGCCACCAGAAAUCCAGAUGUUCAGUGGAAUCGUUCUUCAGGAGAAAUUUCCAAUGAAGAAUUCAGAAAGAAGCAAUACAAAUUCUAUUCACCAAAUGUGGAUUACAGCAAUUUGGAAAGUCCUGCCCCAAAGUACUAGGACCCCCAAAAUGUAUAUUCGUAGAGGUUAUUAAAACUAUAAUUAAAUUAUAAAGUAGG